AAAAAAGUUCAACUGAACUUCGUAGUCAGAAAGGGGAGAAAGGACUUGCGACAAUUGCAAACUUAAGUAGCAGUGACUUGCCAUGGCAUUUCGGCGCAGAAACAAGAGUUACCCUUUCUUCAGCCAGGAGUUUCUCAUCCAGAACCACGCCGACAUCGUCUUCAGUUUGGUGAUUUUGAUUUUGAUUGGAUUGAUGUUUGAGGCAACAGCAAAGACAGCCAUAUGGUUUAUCCAGCCCCAGUACAAUGUUACCACACCGAUACCAGAGGGAGAAGUGACAUUGUAUCAUUAUGGAUGGAAGGACUGCGCCACCAUCCUCUUCUACUUCUUUAUCGCCAUCAUACUUCACGCGGUGGUGCAGGAGUAUCUACUGGAUAAAAUCAACAGGCGACUCCAUCUGUCCAAGAGCAAGAACACCAAGUUCAACGAGUCGGGUCAACUUUGUGUGUUUCAUUUGGUGUCCAGUGUGUGGAGUUUCUACAUCCUCGUAACUGAAGGUUAUCUUCUGCAUCCCAGCAGACUUUGGGAAAACUAUCCACAUGCGCACCUAAGGUUCCAGGUGAAGUUUUUCUACCUCACUCAGCUGGCCUACUGGCUCCAUGCUUUUCCUGAACUCUACUUCCAGAAAGUGCGCAAGGAGGAGAUCCCACGACAGUUGCAGUACAUCGGCUUGUAUCUGCUGCACAUCUUGGCGGCGUAUGUGCUAAAUUUGAACCGUGUGGGUUUGGUGCUGCUCUUCCUCCAGUAUGUGUCUGAGCUGGGCUUCCACAUCGCCAGACUCUUCUACUUCACUGACGAAAACCACCAGAAAAUGUUUGACGUGUGGGCGGCCAGCUUCGUGAUUACUCGCAUGUCGACGCUCACGCUCACGUUUCUCGCCGUCGGGUUCGGUUUGGCCCGCUGUGAGAAUCAGGCGCUGGACUGGGAGAGCGGCAACUUUAACACGGUGCUCAUACGGGUGACUGUUCUUCUGCUGGUCUGUCUGACACAAUCUUGGCUCCUCUGGAAGUUUAUCCGCUUCCAGCUGCGACGCUGGAGGGAAUUCAGACAUGAGCAGGCCCUCCGCAAGAAGGCCGCCACCAAACAAUCCCUUCGGCCGAUGAAGCGAGACUCUCUUGGGCAUUAUGAAAACGGAGUCCUAAAAGCCGAGAACGGGACCUCUCCUCGGAUCAAGAAACUCAAAUCCCCCUGAGGAAACAAUCUGACUGAGUUGAGCGGUGGUGCCGGUCCAAGCUGACAUCCGUGAACACAACAGGGGGAGCUGGUGUAUCCUGGUCCAGUUCUAUCCCAACACGCUCCGGAGACUCUUGUGAUUACAGACUUAAGCUUGAAUGCUGGAAAAUCAAAUGCAAGGAAAUUCCUUGAGCCCAAGAGAUAUUUACUCUCCUCGUGUUUUUAUUUUUGUAUUUUCUUCCACCCCCAUACAUCCACAUGACCUGCUUUCACACAUUAAGGAGCGCCAUCAAGUGCAAAAUGCCAGAAGUGUGCAACUGUGUAGCAACUUUUUAAUGUGUUCAUGUAAUCCUCAUUACCAAGUACUGUAUUGCUCUUCCGAUUGCCGUUGAGCCAGCUUUCCUUCUUUUCCAGUCUGAUCUUUUGGAAGUAGCAAAAACGUUACUGAUAAUAACAUGAUACAAGCUUACUGUCAGCCAGCAUUAAUGUUAGCAUAUAGACCCUUUCUGAAAAGUUUAUUUCCAUAAUUCCAUUCAAAAAGUUAAACUUUUUUUUUUUAAACAAAAAGUUAAAGAUUCAGGGCCCACAAUUUAAACAAUUUCAAGCAUUUAUUUAUUUUUUACAUAAUUUUGGCUUCAAGCUCAUAAAACCCACGAAAUCAGGAAUUCAAAAAAUUAGAAUACUGUGAAGAAAUCAUUCUCUGUUUUUGUCGAAAGAAAUUAGGGUCACAUUAAAUCAAUCAAAAUAUGGUACUUUCAAAACGA